AUGGCAACAUUAACAGCUGGUGGAUGGUCAGCAGUUCCAGCAGCAGCACAGGGCAGCCCAGUCAAUGAUUCUGUAAUAAUAACAACAGACAACGCCGAUACCCAGCAACUUAGCACUAUUUCUGCGUACGAGCAAGACGAGAACCAGGUGAACAUCAGCGAAAUCACGGAGAUAUCCAGUCUGGAAUUGGAGCAACCCGCACAUAGCAGGUACACCGUGCCAGUGGUUGCGGCAGGCAGAUUUGCGGCCAUUCAGGAAGAAGAAACUCAAGCAAUUGGUCCAAACGUAGAGGUGCAAAAAGAAGCAGAAGAUGGUGAAAUAUCGCAGGAGUUAAUAGGAGGCACAAUCAAUGUGCGGCCGAUGGCUGCUGAGGAUAUCACAGUUGCAGUGGUAAGCGAUGAGACAGACCUCACCGAAACAGGUACACGAGAAGGGGAGAGGCAAAAAGAGGUAAGUGAAUCAGCUCAGGCCGAAGCUUACGACGAAGGUGGCGAUGCACAGGGGGAAGAUUCGAGCACAUCAGCAAAAGAAGGUAAAAAGGAAAAGGAGGGUGAAUCAGGAACUGAAGGAAGAGAGGAAGAAGAGGGUAAAUCAGGCAACGCUGGAGAGGAAAGGAAGGGUAGAUCUGAAGACGAAGAGGAAGAGGAGGAUGAAUUUGAAGGUGGAAUGGAAGCGGAGGGUGAAUCAGAAGAAGAGGAUGUAGAAGGCGCUACGGAUGACGACGAAAGCAAUGAAAAUCAAUGGCAUAUCAGCCAUUUAUUCGUUGGAACAGCGUAUGAGUUGCCUGUACACCUCAGACCCAGGGAAGGCGGAGCAGAUCCAGGCUAUCUAAAACUGGUGCUUGACGAGAAGGUGUUCAAUGCUUUACUUAGCAACGGCCUUCAGCAAAGAGACGCAGACGCAGAAGAAGAAGAGAGCGAUGGAAGAGCAACUGCUGCUGAAGCAGCAGAAACUUGGGACCCCAAGAAAGGGCCUCAAAAAAACGGGGUGUACAUGGUUUGCUUCGUAAGAGAUGAACACGAAUUAGAAAUGCGCUUUGAGAGAGCCAUGGAGCUAGGGGAGGGUGUAUACGUGCCCCUUCAACGCAUGACGGAUUUUGGAAGGCACAAAGAUUACACUCGGGGAAAUCCUGGCAUACAAGAGACGCAGCUUUCCGCGGCGCAUUAUGCUUCUGCACUGUCUGACUGGGGCGAGUCGUAUUUUUCCAAAUUAAAAGAACUGAAGGAAAAAUCGAAACUGAAAGUUGCUGCCAUGCUUAUAGGUUACCCAAAUUACGAAGUCCUAGACAAAUAUAUGAAGAAAUAUCCUGGGCUCUUCGACGGGGUUUACUUCAAUUGGGAGGAUGGCGAAUCUGCAUGCAUGAACAACCUAGGGCGUCCCCCUAAAACAAACAAAUCCGGGGAAAACACGUACUGGGCCGAUAAACCUGAUUUUUUCUUUCGGUACUUUAUGGGGGGUCAAGAUGGAGGCGUCUGCAUGUUAAAAGACGGGAGGAACUACAUCAGAGAUGUUCCCGUCAAUGUAGGAAGAGAGCUGGCUCUGCCUGACAACGUUCUUCCUGUCUUUCCGUGUUUCAGCGGGAAUGAGGGAAUAUGCUACAAAGCCUUUUCUAAAUAUAUUGAAGCUGCAUGUGACGAUAAACUUCAGAGAUACAGUUUUGCGAUCUAUGACAGGCACUCCGACAGAAUGCGACUGAUGCUCGAGGAAGGCUGCAAAAACAUCAACCAGAAACAAAUGAUGACCCAACGCGGCGAGUCAGGCCAAACCAGAUCGCACAAAGGAGAGGAAUUUCGCGUGGAAAGAGGACAGUAUUCAAACGAGGGAGAAAGGAGGGGUAAGGUGACGGCAAGUGCUACCUCCGGUGAACUGGAAAACACCAGAAACCAGCGAAGAAUGGCAGUCCUCACCCCUUUCGGCGGAGCAGCAAUAGCAGAGAAAUGGCUUCUCGCUGCUUCCUCCCGAAUAGAAUAUAGUGUUUCAUAUACAUGUUGUGGGCACUGCAAUAAGGUGUACGGCCUUUUGAAAGAAAGCGCGUAA